AUGCUGGCGCACUCUAGUGAACAGCCAAUUUGCCGUCAAUCUCAUAGUGAUAUCAUUAAAAGAUACGAGAGUGAUAUUACCUUAUCUUCUCUGGCUUCUAUAUUACUUAGUGGGUAAUUUGGCGAAAUUUCAACGGACGAUAGUAUUUUACAGGUUGGCAACACUGGCGAACACGAGGAACGAAUUAUUUCUAUUGAUCUUGUGAAUUUUUGACGACCAUAAAUGCAUAAACGUGACAUUACAUAUUUUUAAGUUAUAACUUCACGACUUUUCUGUUGUUUCAAGUUACAGAUACUUUUAAAUUGAUGUUUACACAAAUCGCUCUGAUUAACGGAAUUUCUUCUUAACUUCUGGAAGUUGCCACGAGGGUGAGUACUGAGUAAUGAACUAUUUUGUAUAUUGUAAAACCGUGUUUGCAUUGGGCUCGUCAUCAAUCAUCACGGUGUCACGUUUCAGCUUUUAUUGAAUAAGUGCUUUAACUUAAAACAUGUUAAGUACACAUUUUUAAUGUACCUAUUAUAUUAUUAAAAACGGUGAAACAAUUCUAGUAUUUUCAAACUGUUGUCACGUGUGCAACAAAAAUGUAAAAUAGUUGGCAUUAUAAGCAGUUGUUUAUUAUCAUGGUUAAUGUACAAAAACUAUAAAAGUAAGUAUGAUAGGUAAGUUUCGAUUAGGAUACCAAUGGAUUGAGCAUUUAAAAAUACUCAUUUUGGCAAAAAAAAAAAAAAUGUGUGGGACCUAAAUUAAAAUUAUGCUAUAUAAUAUAUUUCAAUACAGCUUAACAUAUUAUGUUAAAUUAAAAAUAUUGUAGUCAUACGUCUCUGGCAUUUGCCACGUUCCUCAUCCUAUGAUGUGACCUCCAUGAGAUGCUUCAGUUUUUGAAAUAUGAAAUUCUUAGGUUCUAGAUCUUUCCCCAAAAUCUUUCCUUUGAAGAUAUUUCUUCCAAAUGUAUUAUGUCCGAACAAGUGCCCACUUAAUUUUGUUUUCCUUUUUAAUACGUGUUUUAUUAUACAUUUUUUUUCUCUUGCAUCUUUUAACACUUGCUUAUUUGUAUUUUUUCAACCCAUGAUUUUUUGUUCAUUUUCCUCCAAAUCCACAUUUUAAUUGCUUCUAAACUGUUCCUUUCGCUUUUAUGAUGGUCCAGAUUCACAUUCAUAUAAAAACACACUAUACAAAUGUUUUAAUGUAUUUUUCUUUGUUUUAAUAUUGAAGUGUGUUAGUUAAUUAAUUGUAUUUCUUCAUGAAUGUUUGUUUGGCUAGAGUUAUUAUUUUUUUGGUGUUAAUGGCGGUUUUAUUAUUAUAUGUGAUUGUGCUUUCUAGAUAGCAAAAUUGUUCGGCUAUGUAAUGUGGGACUGUUAAAAUAGAUAUAAAUAGUAUAAAAUGAUAUAAAAAAACAUCUAAACAAAGCUAUAUAAAAGUUUCAUAAUUUAAUUUGUUGUUAUAUAUUUCAAAUAAGAAGCUAUUCAAUAUACAAUUAAUUAGCUAAAAAAAUUACAGUUCUCUACAAAUUCACAGCCUUAAUAAAGGCUCUUUUCUUUGUCUUUCAAAUUUGCUAUUAUUAUAUUUAAAAUAUUUCAGAAUAGACAUCAUGUUAAAACUAUUAGCUGAAAAUAAACUAAAAAAAAAAAUACUACCAGGAUCUAAUAUGAAAAGUACUAUUCCUAAGUCAGAACAUUUAUUUGAUUCAUAUUCAUAUCGCUCACAGAGUGCUCAUAUUGAUGGCAGAAAUUAUGUGAACAAUAAUUUGGAAGAAAAUGAAAAUGAGGAUUAUAUAGAAGUAAGUUAAGUUUAUAUAAAUUUGAUUAAAUUUAUGUUUAUGUAUUUUAACUUUAAACUUUCCAGAAAAUUUUUAUUUUUUAACAUAGCUUUAAGUAAAAUUAAUGUAAUUGUAUUAUUCUUAAAAAAAAGAUGUUUAAAAGUUUUAUAAGAAUAUUUAUCCAUUAUCAUCAUGUAGCUUCAUAAUUAUGCGAGAGUUUCAGUCACCAUUGUUAAAGCUCUACAACUUCCACGGUUCUGGAUCAUUUCCUCCCAAUCUGUACCUUCCAAGUUCUGUAGGUCUUGUCGUAUGCCAUCUAUUCACCAUUUCUUUAGUCUCCUCCCUACUGGUUACCAUUUAAUAGCUGCUCCAACUCUGUUACUUCUUUGCUUUACAUAUCAAAACAACUUUAAUUUUUAACUUUUCAAAUAAUUAUUAAUUGAGGAUAUUUUUAUAAUUUCCCUUAGCGUUUUUUCUUUUUCAUUAGCAGUUCAACACAGUAUAUCAUAUGCGUUGUUUUUAGCACUUUAUUCUUGAAGGCCCUAAGUUGGUCGACUCGUGUUAGAAGUCAUACAUCAUAUCCAUAAGUAAUUUCUGGUUUUACUAUUGCCGUGCACAUAUGUACUUUUGUAUCAUUACAGAAGAGCUUCAUCUUAAAGUAUUUAGCUAUUGAUGCAUGGUAAUUGUUGUAUCUAGAUACUUAAAAUACGAGUUUUCUCAAACUCAUAAUUCUCAAUUGUUAGGCUUUUAUCUUCAUUGAAUAUUGUUUCUAUAACUUUUGUAUUUUAUUUAUUCACUAUUAGACCAAUUUUUUUGGCUUUGUUUUUGAGCAUUGUACUUUAUAUUACAGACUCUUUAUCUUCUCCAAGUAUAUUUAGAUCAUCUGCAAAACCUAAAAUGUCUAGUGUGACUUAACCAAUCUUAACCCCAUAAUUAUAUCUUUGUACGUUUAAGUAGCCCUCACACAAUCAAUAUUAUUGACAGUAUUUCAGAUACUGACAAUAUUAUUGAUCAUGUGAGGUGGGUACCGAUGUACUGUCAGUAUAGAAAAACGAUACUGAUGAUUGAUUGACAAAUCAGAUAUCGAGUCGUCAGUAAUUAUAUACUGAUAAUAAUAUUGAUGGUGUGAAGUGGGUACUCAUAGUUCUUCAGUAUUAUUAGCAUAGCAAUAGAAGAUGCAGGUGAUGAAUGAAUAUUCAAGUUUGCGCGAAGGUCGUGAACUACAAUUACGUGCUUUUAUUUCAGAAUAUAAAAAUUUUAAAUGUUUAUGGGAUGUUCGUUGCAAAGACUAUUGUAAUAGAAACAUAAAAAGAGCUGCUUAUAUUGAAUUAUUAGUUGUCUAUAAGUUAAUUAAGCCUGAAAAAUAAUUGAUACGCAUAAUUUUUUACAAUAUUUGUCCAUUAUAAUAAAAUAAUUUUUUUUUUAAAUAAAUAAAUAAAUAAAGACACAUUUACCAAAAACAAAGGAUCUGACACUGUUUACACCUGUCCAGUGCCAAACAAACUGAGUAUUGUCAAUAAUCUAUACUGUCCAUGUGAGGAGUACACUGUCAGUAAUGUAAAUACUAUCAAUAAUAUUGAUCGUGUGAGGGCCGCUUUACAUUAUAUCAUACAGACUAUCAUGGGAGAUACUGUCAUAUGCUUUAUUAAAAUUUUCGAAUACCUGCAAAACAUUUUGACCUGAACUCAUUUUUUCUUUUAAUUAUUUAGUAAUGGGGAGUUGAUCAACUAUUUAUUUACCUUUUUGGAACCUACAUUGGUAGUCUACUAUAUUCUCCUUUACUAAUGGUUAUAAUCCUCAUAGUAAUAGUUCAGAAAAUACUUUAUAUGCCGAGUUUGAUAGGGAUAGUUAUCUAAAGUUAUUACUUAUCAUCUUGCUUCCUUUUUUUUCAUUCAAUAAGUGUUUACAUAAUUCGUAAACUGCUUCAUGUAGCCAUCUCCAUCCCAGUUUUAUUAGUUUUGCUGGUAUUCUGUCUGACUCAUAGGCUUCUAGUUCUUGAGUCAUUUUAUAGCCUUUAUCAAUAGUUAUCUCACUGAGUUCCGGCUCUGCUCUUUAGACUUUAAAUUCUGAUGUUAGUGUUUCAAGCAAGUCACCGUUAAGUAGCUCUUUAAAUUGUUCCCUUCAUCUAGAUACUUUUGCUUGUGAUUCUAUACUCCGUCUCACGAAUGAAAGGUACUGUGUUACUGUGUACAAAAGCUGGUCAGUGACGUGUAUCAUCCCCCUAUGUUGCUCCUCGUUUAGACCUCACUUUUACCCGGACACAUGAGCUAGCAACACGUGAGGGGAUUUAAUGGAGGUGGUGUGGAGCUCCGUUGGCAUGCACGAAACAGUACCUUUCUUUAGUGAGAGAGACUUUAAUAAUAUUCUAUCAUUUUUAUCCUUUAUAGCUUUAAGCCUCGAGUUGAACUUUAAAUGUUUUUUAUUAGUUGUAAAAAAAAUGUCUCACAUUCCUCUGCGAGUGAUUGUAUUCCUUGGUUUGUAAAAGCUCAUUCAUAAAUUUCCUUUUUAUAAUAUUAAUUGAAAAGUUAAAAUAGGUUUCUGUAUAGUUGCGUGAUUUAGUUACACAAUUUUAAUUCAUAGGUUUAUGACAAGUAUUGUCUUUUAAUUUUAAAUUAUAUUAUUAUUUGCAUUUUGUAGGUUGAUUACAAAGGUCUUCCCUGUGGGAGGGGUUUCGGAAGACUUCCAUGGUAUUUCUACCUUAAAAGAUGACAAAUGAGGUUAUAUUGAUAGCCAUAUAAAAUUCUGUCAAUUAGUUUGAGGAAUAUUAAACAAGACUUUAGCGGAUUGUCCCAUCUCAGAUGUGCUUAUGGACGACAUGUGAGAGGAGGUAACAUAGUUCAUUAUGUUUGUAGAUGAUAUAGCCUUGAUUUGAAAAUAUCUGAAAGAAGUUAAUAAUAGGCUUAAGGAAUCUGAGUAGCACUUGAAGGAAAGAGACUGAGUUUAAAUGAAUAGGACAAAAGUUUGACAAGACAAGACACCUAGUUACAAUAAGCGGUAACAUUAGAAGCUAAGUUCAGGCUUUUAAGUAUCUAGGAUCUUUUGUACAAACAUUGGUUUUGAAGAGGAUGUAAAACAUAGGAUUAAAUGUGGUUAGAUUAAGUAAAGAGAAGCAUUAGGUGUUUUAUGUGAUAAGAGAAUUCUAAUGAGACUUAAAGGUAAGUUCUACAAGAGUGUGGUGUGACUAACUUUAUUGUAUGGUUCGGAGUGUUGAGCUGUAGACAGAGCUCAAGUGUAGUAGAUAUGAGAAUGCUCUUUAACACUAUUAACUUUUGCCAGAUCUGUACUUAACUAAACAGAGAAGACGAGUAUCAAAAAAUUUUAGUCAUUGAGUAUAUUAUAAUAUAAUGACUAUUAUCACCAGUGGUAUAGGUUAAGACUGGAAGUAUUUUCAGUUGAUUUGAAUAAUGAUAAUGUUUAGAUUUUAAUAAAAUUACUUAUUUUUACUUUAUUUUCAUAAAGGGUAAAAAUUAUAUAGGAACAAAAAAAUAAUAGUAAUGUCAAUUAGAUAUUUAUUUUAUUUAUUAGUUAUUAGUGAUUUCUAAACCAAACAAUACAAAAUGAUAAUAAAUUUACUUUAACUGAGCUGAUUCAUAUUUUUUAAAAUAUGAUUUUCAAAAAGAAAUAUACUGUCUGUCCAUUCCAAUAGAAAUAAUAAGUGACUGUUAACAAAAAAAAAUUGAGAAGUGCCAUCCUUCCAAUUUAAGCAAUGAUUAUAAUUAAAUAUUGUAGCAUAAUAUGUAUAGAAUAAAGUUAAUAAUGUAAUAAAUCUGCAUUUAACAAAAGAUUUUCUUAAAUUAUUGUUAUUUAUAUUAAUUUAUUUUCAUGUUGUAGAUGUCAAGAAAAGCUUUACCCAAUUCAAAUAUGAGUUCUGUUGAUAGUCUUACUAAUUAUUCACCAUCAAUGGUGGAUCUUAAAGAUUUAAAUUUGGAUGAACAAAAGCUUUGUGAUAAUUAUGUAUACAAGGAUCCAUCUGAUAUUUCAAAUUGUUUUGAAAUUUCUAAACAUAAAUCUCAGGUAGUAAUCAAUUUAUUUUUAAAUUUAUAAAACCUUAUCUGUUACUAUUUUAUUUGGAGAAAGUGUUAUAUAACUAUAACAAUAUAUGAUUGCAUCUACCAUAUUGUGGUUUUUAAUAUUAAAAUAGGUUAAAAGAAUAUGUUGUAGGGAAUAGUUUUAAACAAAUUAAUAAAAAUUAAAUUUGCAUACCUAUGUAUAUUUAUGAAACAUAUUAUUUUUAGUCAUUUGGUUGGAAUUACUCAAUAUUGUAAAAUGUAUUAAUAAUUGAUUUUGAUAUCAUUUAAUUAAUAUUUUUUUUGUAAUUUCUUCACAUGAUUCUGGAUGGUGUAAGAGAUGUGUUAUUAUUAACUCCUAUGGUAGAUUAAAAAACUCAUUAAGUUUUAUUUUUAUUUGAUGUUUUUUUUUUUUUUAUAGCUUUACUUAAAUAACUAUUUUUUUUCACAAAGGCCUUCUGCAUUUGGUCAUAGUACAAGUUUGUUAAAAAGUGUCUUGGAAUAAAACUUCAAUGGUUUAUUAUUGAAUAACAUUAAAAACAAUCAUGCAUUGAUAUAGGAUUUUUUUUCUGUCUGAACAAUUUUUUAACUAUAAGCAAUAGAAUCAGAAAAACUUUUGAAAUAUUUUAGACUGCCUUCAAGUCCUCACCAUCCGUUAAAAAUUAUUUGCAGUUAAAAAUAUUACUCAUUGUACACCCUAGUACAGCUUGUAAAUAACAUAAUUUUAAAAAUGAAAAAAAUAGUAUUUUAGAUUCUAAGCGAGCGAGGAGGAAUGUAUUGGUUUACAUUGUUAAUUAUUAUUUAUUUUUUAUAAUUUGUGAACAACUUUUUUAAAAGGAAAUCUGACUAGGGAGGUCAUUUUUUAAUUUUCCCAGGAGUUAUCCCAAUAAAUGGGAAAACCGUGAGAUAACGGGAAAAUAAGUACAAUAUUAAAUAGAUAUUAUUAAAGAAAAUAUGUAAUGCAAAGGUAAUGGUUAGCAAUAGUUUAUUGUUUCUAACAGAUAUACAUUCAAUUUCUAUUCUUCUACCUUCCCAAUUUCUCACCUACAAUAGUGGCUGCACCAGGUGCAAAGUUGUCCGGUUUUUUUAAAAUUAUAUUCAACAAUUAAAUUUAUUUUAAGUAUUAAUUUUGUUUUUGCACUUUAUUGUCUUAUUUUGCAUAUAAUUAUUAUAAUUAAGUAAUUGAUAAUUUGUAUUUUUUAAAUUUUUUUUAGAUUGUUCAAAUGAUCAAUUCUAGUUGUGUUGUUUUGAUAUCUGGUCCAACUGGAUGUGGUAAAAGUACUCAAGUUCCUCAAUUUAUUUUAGAUGACUGUAUGAAUAGAAAAAAAUUUUGUAACAUUGUUGUUACUCAACCUCGCCGCAUAGCUGCUAUAUCUGUGUGCAAGCAAGUUAACAAUGAGCGUAAAUGGAGAAAUGGACUGCUUGUUGGCUAUCAAGUUGGGCGUAAAAAAGAUUAUGAUCCAAAUACAACAAAAGUGUUAUUUUGUACAACAGGAAUAUUAUUGCAGAAAAUUAUUUCAGCAAAAAAUCUCAGUGAUUUUACUCAUAUUAUUUUGGACGAAGUCCAUGAAAGAACACUGGAAAUGGAUUUUUUAUUGUUGAUUAUUAAGAAAUUGUUAAAAACUAAUUCUCCAUCAACUCGGGUAAGUGAUUAAAAUUGUACAUAAUAAGUUAUUAUUUAAUGUUGAAAAUUGAAUAAUGUCCUUUUUUGUUUAGUACACCAAUUUUAUGUUGUCGGUUUUAAUAUUAUAGUGAAUUAGCUUACUACCAAACUUAAGGGUAAGAAUAUUGUUGAUUUUUUUCAAUAUUUUAAUUUUUAAGCGAGAUACAAAGUUUUUGUAAUUGUAAUACUUUACAUGCUCGUAUCUUGUUAAAAAAUUAAAUAUUGUUAAACAUCCACAUUCACUUAUAAAUACAAAUUGUUCUUAUAUUUACUAACAUUACAAAAUUGGUUUAUCGAAACAAAAAGUUUAUUGAAUGUUCAAUAUUAGCUAUAAUAUAUAUAUACUCUUAUAUAUAUAUAUAUUAUUUAAAUAAUAAUAAUAAUAUUAUUGCCAUAUUAUAAAUACAUAAUUAUUAGGUGAUUUUGAUGUCUGCUACUGCCCAAGACUUUAAGUUAUGUGACUAUUUUAGUGAUUAUUAUGGUGCCCCUUAUAAUUGUUAUGUUAGAGCUCAACAGAUUUCUAUCACUAAAAAUCCUCAAUUUAAUGUUAGUUUACAUUAUUUGGAUGAAUUAUAUGGAUUGAUACCAUCUGUGAGUAUACACUUUUAGUAUUAAUAUGUAUAUGUUAUUCCAAAAUCUAAUCAAUUAUCACUUCUAACCAAUAUCAUUGUAUAUAUGGUUAAUUUUAUGUAAUUAAACAAUAUAUAUUUCAAUAGUUUUGUGUUUUUCAGUUGAAUAGAAUGUGUAAAUUGCUAAGUGAUAGUUUUAUUUUCUAGGCCAGGGCAAUGGAAUUUGAUCGACCUCAAAUAACCAAAACUGGGUAUGAUACUGCUAUUCAUUUAAUAAAGGGAUUUGAUGAUUUAGACAAAUGUUCUAACGUCAAAGCUUCUGUAUUGAUUUUUCUACCUGGUAUUUUUGAAAUUGAAGAAAUGCAUAGAUUUAUGGAAUAUACAAUGGCUUCUGAGUAAUUAUUAAUAUUUUUAAUCAUCAUAUUUAUUUUAUUUAUAUAUUUAUUAAGUUUUUCAAUUUCAGAAAUUUUAAAUGGAAACUUUUACCAUUGCAUUCAUCAAUUACAAGUGAAGAACAGGAUCGUGUUUUUGAGCAACCAAGUGUAAAUUACCGUAAAAUUAUUUUGGCCACAAAUAUUGCAGAAAGUUCGAUAACUGUUCCCGAUGUUUCAUAUGGUAAGAACUAAUGAGUAGUUUCUAAAAAAAUUAAAAUGUUAUUUUAAUUGAUUAUUCUAUUUUUAGUGGUAGACUUUUGUUUAAUGAAGCAAUUGCAUAAUGAACUAAAGUCAAACUAUUCUAUGUUGGUUUUGAAUUGGGCUUCAAAAAGUAAUUGUAUUCAACGAUCAGGAAGAGUGGGACGAGUUGCGGAUGGCAGAGUUUAUAGACUUGUUCCUGAACAAAUGUUUGUGGUAAAUAUUCAAUGCUUACACUUUUAUUUUGUGUUAACAUAUUGAUAAUAGAAAAUUAUCUUUUUUAGGAUGAUUUUGUUAAAGAAGAACUACCAGAAAUGAGUCGUUGUUCUCUUAGUCGCAUUGUAUUAAUGUCUAAAAUAUUAGACAUGGGAUCACCAAAGUUACUUCUGUCAGGUGCAAUGGAUCCACCAAAUUUAAAAAAUAUUGUUCUUACAAUAACGACUCUUAAACAGGUUGCUUUUUUCAUUUCAGUUAUAUUUAACAUAAUAAUAUUAAAUACUAUUUCCUAUCCUUGAUAUAUAAAUUGUUAAGACACUAAAUUAACUUAUUAUAGUGGUAAGUUAUUACAAAGAAAAUAAAUGUGAUCUUAAAUAAUGAUAAUUAUAAGAUUAUUCUAUUAAAAUAAGAUAAGUAAUAAUUAAUAAUAGUUUUGUUUUCAAUAAAUUUUGUUUAGGUAGGGGCUUUAUUACCAACAGUAAAUGGAGCUAUUUCAUUUAUGGAUGGUGACAUAACAUUUAUGGGAAAAGUGAUGGCACAACUACCUUUAGAUCCUCCCAUGUCAAAAUUGAUUUAUUUUGGAUAUAUUUUUAAUGUAUUUAAUGAGGCUAUAAUUAUGGGUAAUUUAUUUUAUUUUAUUAAUAGUUAAUUAAAUUGUAUGUGUGUUAUGCUCAGAGCCGUAACUAGGAAUUGGUGAGUAAAGAGUGAGGGGAGGAAUCCAGAAUCUCAAUAUAAAAUUGUAUUAAUGCAGAUUAAUAGAAUUUAUUGUUUGGUCAACUAAGGCACUGAAAAACAUUGUUAUGGCUCUGGUAAUAGUAGUUGUUAAUUUAUAUUAUAUUCACUGAAGUUAAUCAUUAAUUUUAAUAAUUUUCAAAAAGUAUUAUCUUCAAGAUGGUUAUUAAAAUGUUAAAAAUAAUUUUAUCAUUUUACAAAAUUGGAUAAAUUGUAUAAAAUUAGCAAAAGGUUUCAAAUUAUGUGCUAUUAAAGAUAUUAAUUCAUUAGAUUAGCUGUUUUUUUUUCCAGCGUGUGGUUUAUCUAUAAAAAGUAUAUUUAGUCAACCUUUCAAUAAACGUUUAGAUGCAUAUACACAAAAAUUAUCUUGGGCUAAUUUUUCUUGUAGUGAUCCAAUAGCAUUUAUUGCUCCAUAUGAAGUAAAUUGUCAUGAAUAAUAGAUUAUUAUUGAUUUGAUUUUCUUAAUUUAUUAACAAUUAUAUUUUUUCAGAUCUGGCUUCAACAUAAACCUGAAUUUGAUCGUAAUCAUUAUGAUGAAACACGGUGGGCUCAAAAAAACUAUAUACAACUGUCAGCAAUACGAGAAUUGCAUGAUUUAAUUGAUGAUGUAGUCUUUAGAUUGAAACACAAUUUGAACAUUUUACCAAAUUCUAGUAACAUUCAAUGGGUUAACCUAGAAGAAAAAUCCAUGGCUUGUAAAGUAAAAUAUCAAUUUUAUAUUAUGUAAUAGGUAUCCAAAAGUUCUUUUUUAUGUAAAUAAAAUCAUAUUUUUUAUUUAAAUAAAUAAAUCACUGUACAGAGUGAUGCACUAAGCUUUCACACCUCAUUUUUUUUUUCUUGGUUAAAUUUUACAUAUAUUCAAAUUCUGAUUUUUGGAAUUUUUAAGUGUAGUUAAAGCCGGUAUUUUUGAAUACGUUAAUUUUUCAUAACAUUUAAGGAGUAUCCUGUGGUGAUACCAACUUCGGUUUUUCAAAUAAGAACCUAUAUUAAAAAUUUCAUAAAUAGUACCGCCACACCAAUAAUAUUCUCUACACUUAAACUUAAAAUUGGAAUAUCUCGUUAACGGAUUGACAGAAAUCAAUUUUUGAUUUCUGAUUUGAUAUUUUGAUACCAAAAUUAAUUUAAAGUAAUACUGCGUCUAUUUUUUUUAUUCGACAUUACUAACUUAAUUAUCUGUAUUUAAAUACAUCCUUUUACCAGAUUAAGCUCCUAUUUUUUCUGAUUUUUUUUAUACCAAAGAUGUACUUUUCAAUUUUUAGUGGUAUACGCCCUUUAUAACAAAACGACAUUGAUAUUUAUUAUUAUUAAAGGUAAUAUUAGCAGGAGCGUUUUAUCCUAAUUACUUCAUACGUGGAAAAUCUACUGCAGCCAUGGAUGAUCAUGAGUUACAUAAACUAUUAGAUAACCAUGAUCCAAAUCAAACGGUUUAUUUUUCGGGUUUUCCAAGUGAUCAACCCAAAGAAUUAUAUAAAGAAGCUAUUGAAAAUUUGUUUCCACACAAUUUGGUUGGAAAACCAACUGCUCAUUUUGGUCAUUCAAAGUAAGACAAUAUAUACUUGUGUUGUAUAAUUAUAGAGAUUUUUAAUUUAUUUAUUAAAACCUACUCUAAUUAUCAACAAAAAGUGGUUUCUCGUUAUUCAAUUUUGUCUAUACUGCCUUUUACAAAAUUUGAGACUUCUGUAGCAUAACGCCUAUGCUACCAUUUAUAAACUCAUUUUUUUCUCCUUAGUACAACAUAAUAUGUACAAAUAAUUAUUUUUAUACUUGCAGCAAAAUAUUUAUUAAAUUUCCAGUGUCAAAUACUGUAAACACCAAUACAUAUAAUUCUAAUUAUAAUGAAAACAAUGGAAAAAAGUUGAUACCAGGGAAUAUAUGCUUUGGGGUAUAUGUAGCUUUAAAAAUGCAUCAAUUAAGAUUUGAAUUUAAUAUACCUUUAUUGAAGUAAGUAAUUUAUUACUUAUUAUGUUACAUAGUAAAUAAAUACAUAUAUUUUUUAUUUAUACAUUUAUUUACAAGUAUUAACCAUUUUAAUAGUUUUGUUUUUAUUUUAUUAUUUUGUUAUUUAUUAUGUUAUAGUAUAAUAUUCUGACUAAAUAAUAUGCAUAAAAUAUAAAGAUCACAAAUACACAUAAACAUUUUACUGAUUAAUAGGGCUCCGAUUUUAAAGCAUAUGCUUCUUUUUUUAUAUAUGAGAUAGAAAUUUAAUUUUUAUACAUACAUUUGUUUCAUGCUAUUGAGUGGAUGUAGAGUGUUCGUUUUCAAUGAAUAAAAACAUUUUGUCUAACAAUAGAGUCAGUUUGACAAAUGAAAAUUUAGAAAAAUACAUGGUAGUUAAUUUAGUUUUAAAAUAAAAAUAAAUUUUUCAAUUUUAUACCUAGUGUAGGUUAAUUUUGGUCUUUUUUUUAUUAAUAAAUGUGCUUCAUUUUUUUCAAACAAUUUUAUGAUUUUCUUGUUAUUAACUUAGUUUGAAAAUCCGAUCCCUACUUAUAGAGAUAUUAACUACAUAAUAUUUAUAUUUUUUAAAUUUGGUUUUCAAAUUGCACAAAUUACUUAGUUUAAACAAGAAUCAAAUGGUACAUCAUAAUUAUAAAUAACAAAUUCGAAUAGCAUUUUCUAUUUACUGUUAAAAUAUUAGUUAAUUUAUCAUUAUUAGGCCUUUAGAUGCAAAGAGAAGAGUAGAAUUAAUAUUCAAACAAAUGGCUGCUCAGAAUAUGUCUAUACAAAAAAUAACUCCAAUUCAAAAAUCUAUUGAACAAGUAAAUACAAAAACACCAAUAACGUUACAGUAUUAUAUGCAAGUAUCAUAUAAUUUUAUUUUUUGUAUUUUUUAAUCAUAACUUGUAUAUUGUAAAUUAGACCAUUUAUUCUUGAGUAUAACUAAAGAUACUUGAUUUUACUUACUAAAAAAUUGAUUACAAUUAUUAAUAAUCAUUGGGUAAUAAUGUUAAGUGUUUUUUUGUUAAUGCUUUCAACAUUAUAUUAUGGUUUAGGUGGUUAUCAAAAAAAGCUUGUUCUUUUGAUUGUACCUAUGUGAAUAAUAAAAUAGUUUUUAGCCAAACCAACAUAGAAAUAUUUGAAAAUUAAACACUAGGUUAGGUUUGUAACUAUAAGAAUCAAAAUUCAAUUUUUCCAAAAGAAAAAAACAUUUUUCAAAAAACAAAAACAUGAAGAAUUUUGUACAUUAAAUAAAUUUAAAAUACAUUUUUUUUUAUAUAAUUUAGACUAAAAAAUGUAUACUGAUAUUAAAAUUUUUCACAGGGGAAAAUGUAAACUAAUAUAUAAGUAUACUAUCAUAUUAUAUAUGAUAAUGGACUUCAUGAAAUAUCUUUUACAACUCUUAGUUUAAAUCCUUCUGUUAGAUACAAAGAAAUAAUUUAAUUUAAGGUGUAACAUAAAAUUAUAAAAUUAAUACAGAUUUAAAAAUCAAACCAAAUUAAUUUUAAAGUUUUUCAUUUAUACAUAAAUAAUUCACUUAGAAUAUUGUAAUAGUAAUAAGCAACAAAAUAUUUGCAUAAUCAGCGUGGGUACACGUUGUCCAGCAUUUACCGCCUUCAAAUUCUAAUUAUCAGUUAUUUUGUGGGAGUUGUCAAUAUCGCAUUUAAUUUUUUUUUUCCUUGACUGGUCCUAAAUCUCAACUACACCUAUUUAAUAUAAUAAAUAAAGUUGAUUUAAUAGAUAAUUGUUAUUAUUUUUUCAUUGUAUGACAUUUGUAUACUUUUUAUUUUUAGAUUGAUCGUGUAAAAGGAUCUAAUACCAUUAAGGACUCAAGCGUCAUAAGCAAUGCACUUAAUCUAGAAUCUAAUAAUGUGUGUCUUAACAUAAAAAGUCCUACAUAUGAUGAAUCAGAUAAACAGGUAUUUUGUUAUGCAGACUAUAGUUUACACCAUAGAAACAUUUUUAACACUUUUAAACAAAUAUUUAAUUUAUUAUUAUAAAGACAGUUUUUAAUUUUUAUAUUUGAAAUACCUUAGAAGUGUAUGUUGUUAUACAAUAAUUAGUUAUUUAAUUUAGUAAAAUUUUAUCCUGUACCAUUGAAUUUAUAUUAGUUAGGCAAGAAGUACUCACAUAAUAAUAUGAAAACUAAAUAUACAAAUAAAAAAAAAUUUAAAAAUUUAAAAAAAAAAAAGCUGAUACUUAAGAUGGGUGUGCCACUGUUGUAGGUAGGAAGUUGGGAAGGUAGGAUACAUAAAGUUAUGUAAUUUAUGUCUGUAUGCAGCGAUAAAUGAUUGCUAACAAAAAACAUUGGUUAUCUAUGUUUAUGAAUCUUAUCAAUAUCUUAACAAUUUUAUUUAUAGAAUACCUAUCAAAUAAAAAUGUACAUAAAAAUAUCUGUCAAAAAUUAAAAUGUUUAUAAAUAGUUCAAAAAUGAUAUACAAGUUUUUGUUAACAUUUCAAGUCUCCAUUAUUUUCGUAAAUUUUGUUCAAGUAUUAAAAAAAAUUCAGGGAAAAUCAAGUAAAGCCUUUUAAGAACUACAAUCAUUAAAAUAUAGUAAUAGUUAUUUUACUUAUUUUAUUUUAAGUGUUAUUUAUUACUUUUACAAAAAAAAAAUGAUCAUUAGAAUUAUUUCAACAUGUAAACUGAAUGGUCUGAAUAAGUAUGGCACUUAUUAUAUAGUAUUAUAUUUAUUUUAAAGUUUUUAACUUUUGUAUUACUUGUUUUAUUUUACAAAAAGAUAGAAAAAAUAUAAUUUUUUUUUACUAAUAUAAUGAUAUAUUUAGUUUACAUGUUAUAUUAAUUCUUUUGAUCUUAUUUUUUUGUAAAAGUAAUAAAUUACCCUUAAAAAAAAAAAAAUAAGUAAAAUGGUUGUUACUGUAUUAUAAUGAUUGUAGUUCUUAAAAGGCCUAACUACUAUUAGUCUGUAUGCAACAAACCUAAAAAACAGUAAGCCGUUUAGAAAAAUAAUAAGUAGUUGUCAAACAGGCUACCUCAUUGCAAAGAGCCUAGUCUUUUUGCAAAAAGACUAAUUUUCCAUAUGGCCUACGACAGAUAUAUUUCUAAUAAAUUAACUAUUUUUAUUAUAAUUUAAAAUUAUAUAGUUUUAAAAAAUAAGUUAUUUUUUUAUUAAUUAUAGAUUGCUUAUUCCCCAUUGCACUGAAUUUAUUGAAAUAUAGUGACUUAUACUUAUUUUCAUUAUUAUAAAUGUAUAUACUUUUGAAAAAAAUUCAUUGUGAAAAAAAGGCAAUUCUUAAACAAUAUAAAAAUUAAAAACAAUAUUAUUUUAUUAGAAAUUUUUUUUAAAAAUCAGAAAAUUACCUUUUUAAUGCAUGCACCAACUAGAUUUAUUUUAUUUUAUUCAGAAGAGUGCCACUUGUUAAAUUAUAAAAAGUUUUCUUUUUGAUUAUUUGCUUACAGAUAGAAAAAAAAAACACAUAAUAAAACUAGUAGAUCCUUUGUUACGUCCUAAAUUGAAUACAAUUAUAACGGCGUAAUAGCGAAUAGCUUGUAGAAUUAAGACUAGGGGAGGCUACUUCAAUGUAAGCUUUUAUGAAGCAUUAGAACUUGAUUUCCUGCAUUUCUUAUUUAAUACUGGUAGGCUACAUCUCAAGGUUUUAAAUUAGAAGUGGUAAAGGAGAUUUGUUAUCAUUAGCUUUAAUUGUCUAUUACUAGUUUACGCUGAUAUAUGUUUAAAGUAAUUUUGACAAAUUCUGGAAUAAUAGAGAAGUUAGUUAAACAGAAAUUAAUAACUCGUAUACCAAAUGAACUGUUUUUUUAUAUAUGAGAAAAUAGUACCAAACUAUAAUUUGUAUUGUAAUUUGUUAAGACCAACUUUUAUACUUCUUAUUCUUGCAAUAUAUUAUUUAUCUAUUCAUGGUUUUUUUUUUUUCAUUUAAUAUGAAUUAUUGGUACUAUUUAUUUUUAUUGUUUAUAAAAUUCCAAUCAAAUAAUAAUUAAUUAAUUAAGUUUUAUUUUUAAAAUUUAGUAUUGUUUAAAAGGACCAUUUAGUCCGCUCAAAAUUUCAAUUCAUGGAAUCAGUCGUAGUAAUCAUAAUAAAGCUGUGAAAAUUGAAAGUCAGUCUGUUAAUUCAGUUUUAUUAGAUACUAAUCCAAAUGAUUAUCAUGAAAGGUAAGGAAACCUAUGUUCUUAUUUCAAUGUAUUAAUUAUUUAUAUUUUGUAUUAAAUAUUUUAUUACUAGAUUGUUUGUUGCUGGAAAAGUGUGUAUGAAUGAAAAUGAAAAACUAACUCUUUGGGAUUCAACAGUAAUGCCGAAUAUUCCUGGAAUGCCUGCUAUAAUUUGUCUCUUGUUUUCACCAUGUGUAGAAAUCAGGUAUGUUCCAUUUAAAUUGAAUAAUUAGGGUUUACGUUUUGAAAAAAGACUAGGAAACUAUGGUUUGAAAAGUUACAAAAAAUCAAAGGCAUCUUGUUUCUUUAUUGAUCAAUAUUAUUCUACCAUAACAUUAUUAUUUAUUAGUUAUUACCAAUCCUCGAAACUUAAAAGACUUAAUCUUUGUCUAUAAUUAUUUAAAUUUAUUUUUAUUUUUGUCAACAGAUAUAAUAGUUCUUAUACAAAGAUGACAGGUGCACUUUGUGGAUUAGGCUAUGAUCCAGACACUUUAAGACCGUUGUUUGAAGACAAUGAUAUUGAAUUAACAUUCGAUAUUGCAAUGGAUCAUAAUUUGUUGAAUAAAGUGAAUUUGACUAUAGAGUUUUUAAUUUUAAGUUUUCACAUUGAUUUUUUUUUUUCACAUUAGAUAAAUGUUUUAAGAUUGCUGUUAAAUAAAUGUGUUAACCCAGAAGAUAAAGAAGGUCCUGGUGAUAUUUUUCAAAUACAGCACAGUUUACAAACUUCCUUGAUAGAGUAUGUUAUUUUAAACUAACAUACUAUGAAUAAAUUGAGUUAUUUACUCAAUUUAAAUUUGUUGUAUAUAGAAUACUGAGCAUUCCUGUCAAAUUUAAAAUACCAGAGACUGCGCCAAGAAAGUAUAGGUGGGGAAUUAUUCCAAAAUCAAGAUUGCAGUCACCAUAUCAAGAAGACAGUCCUAUAAAUAAUCCAAUGGCUGGUUCUGAUGUUUAUAAACUUUUAUGGGGAGUUGUUUUAUCACCAUUUAUGUCUUCUGUAGAGUGUAAAGAGUUACUACAUAACUUAUGCAGAAUCAAAAGAUUAGAAGAGAUGUAUGUAAAAGAGUUAAAAUAAUUUAUAAUUUAUAAUAUAUAUAAAAAUAUUUUUUUAGCUUUAGGACGAACUACUAUUGUUCCGAGCCUUGUGUGGAAGAACUAUUUUGUCCACUAUGUCACUUAACAUUUUCUAGCAACUCAUCAAUGCAAAUGCACUUCAAUAAUUAUCAGCAUAAGGAACGUUAUAAAACUUGUAAAGAAGAAUUAGAAUUUUUCUAUAAAGGACCAUCCACUGACAUUGAACAUUUAUAAACUUUUAUUAAUAGCAAUAAAUAACCUUCAGUUUUUAAUUUUUUAAUUUUGUUUCAUUGAAUAACAUUGUUUAAAACUAUUAUUAAGAAUAUAAUAGUAUAAUAAGAGUUAAUUAAAUUUUUAUUUUCAUUUUAUUUUUAGUGAAUAAAUAUUACAUUUUUACAAAUUACAAUAAUUG